AUGGCAAUACUCGCCGCAGUUUUUCUCUUUCUUUUGGGUGCUUUAGCGGCACCUGCACAUACAACCUCCGAGUCAAAGUACGAGCCGAUAAAGCCUCGACAGACAUGUGGCCAUGUUAUUGAUGGAGUAGGAACUUUCAUGGAAUCGGCGGUAUACACAUUCGAAGGCGACACUCUACCUGCUGGCUUAUUGGCAUCCACUGAUCAGUUGAUUCCCGACGAGCAGUGGGGUGCCCCAUUCAACCACUUUUUCGACUCGUCAAACGUGGCUGUCCAGGAUGGAUUUGCAGAGGUCAGAGUUCCCGGUGGUCAAGAUCCUAGCUCUGACCCUCAACGAGCGAUUCAUUCGGGUGAAAUAUUCACAUUAGAAUCCCAGAUUCUCUACGCAAGUGUGAGAACUGCUGCUAUAUUAUCUACCGAACCAGGAACUUGUCAGGGUCUAUUCUUUUACAAGUCCGAAAAUCAGGAGACGGACAUCGAAUACCUCUCUGAUAUUAAUUCUCUUUCCAAUAUCGGCUGGGAAGACGGCCCUCCACCUUUGCAUUACACAAACCAGGCCGUCCUCGAGGGAGGAGAGAAGUCUUGGACUCGAGGACCAACACCGGCGGAUGUCUCAAGUGUCCACUGGUAUAGGAUCGACUGGACGCCAGACUAUACGGCAUUCUUUGUCGAUGAUGUUGAGCAGCGUCGACACACCGAGAAUGUUCCCAGCGUCCCUGGAACAUGGUUGUGGAAUAACUGGUCGAAUGGUGAUCCAGGGUGGAGCGUCGGACCUCCUCUUGGGGAUAGUGCAUUGAAGAUCCAGACGAUUGAGAUGUACUACAACACUUCCUCGAGUUCUACCGGUUGUUAA